UUCUGCAGACAAAGAUGGCGGUGCGGAAGAAAGACGGCGGCCCGAACGUAAAAUAUUUCGAAGCGUCUGAUACAGUCUCGCAGUUCGACAAUGUCCGCGUUUGGUUGGGCAAGAAUUAUAAAAAGUACAUCCAGGCGGAGCCCCCCACCAACAAGUCUCUGUCCAGCCUGGUGGUCCAGCUGCUGCAGUUUCAGGAGGAGGUGUUCGGACGACAUGUCAGCAACCCACCUCUCACCAGGUUGCCGAUGAAGAGUUUCCUGGACUUUAAGUCUGGUGGGGCUCUCUGCCACAUUCUGGCUGCAGCCUACAAGUUCAAGAGCGAUCAGGGCUGGCGCAGGUUUGACUUUCAGAAUCCUUCUCGGAUGGACCGCAAUGUGGAGAUGUUCAUGACUAUCGAGAAAUCUCUAGUACAGAACAACUGUCUGAGUCGACCAGUGAUCUACCUGAGCUCUGACAUUGAGGCCAAGCUGCUGGGGAAACUGAAGGACAUCAUCAAGAGGCACCAGGGCUCAGUGACUGAAGACAAGACGUCCAGCUCCCAUGUGGUGGUUCCCAUCCCUGCCAGUCUGGAGGAGGAGGAGUGGGUGCGUCCGGUAAUGAAGAGAGACAAGCAGGUGCUGCUCCACUGGGGAUACUAUCCUGACAGCUAUGACACCUGGAUCUCAGCCAGUGAGGUGGAGGCUGCUGUGGAAGAAGCGCCCAGCCCAGAGAAACCCAGGAAGGUCCAUGCCAAGUGGAUCCUGGACCUUGACCAGUUUAAUGAGUGGAUGAAUGAGGAGGACUAUGAGGUGGGGGAGGCGGGCCCCAAGAGGAAGAGGAUCUCAGCCAAGACCCUGACGGAUGAGGUCACCACCCCAGGGGACGAGCGUCGUGACAAGAAGCCCGGCAGUGCCAAGAAGAGGAAGCGCUCGCCCUCCCCCUCGCCCACCCCACCACCCCAGGAGAGCAAGAAGAAGAACACAAAGAAAGGGCCCACCACCCCGUACACUAAGUCUAAGCGAGGCCAGAGAGAGGAGGAGCCGGAGGAUCUGACUAAAGAUCUGGAUGAACCAUCACCUGUACCUGCAGUGGAGGAGGUCACCCUACCUAAGACAGCCAACAUUAAGAAAGACUCUGAGUCAACACCAGUAAAGGGAGGUACCAUGACAGACCUGGAUGAGCAAGAGGAUGAAUCCAUGGAAACUGCAGGAAAGGAGGAGGAGGAGGGCUCUCCGAGUGUGAAGGGAGAGCCGGUGAAAGGGUCGGACCUUCAUGAGGACAACGUGACCGAGCAGACCCACCACAUCAUUAUCCCCAGCUAUGCUGCCUGGUUCGACUACAACAGUGUCCAUGCUAUCGAGCGUAGAGCCCUCCCAGAGUUUUUCAACGGCAAGAACAAAUCCAAAACCCCUGAGAUUUACCUGGCCUAUAGGAACUUCAUGAUUGACACUUACAGGCUGAACCCGCAGGAGUACCUCACCUCUACCGCCUGUCGUAGGAACCUGGCCGGAGACGUGUGCGCCAUCAUGAGGGUGCAUGCGUUCCUGGAGCAGUGGGGUCUGAUCAACUACCAGGUGGACUCAGAGAGCCGGCCCACCCCCAUGGGCCCCCCGCCCACCUCCCACUUCCACGUCCUGGCUGACACCCCCUCCAGCCUGGUGCCCCUGCAGCCCAAGGCCUCCCAGGUACACAGACACACACAGACAGGUUGUUUCUAUAUUUUGGUUCUAGAUGCCUCUAUUUGACUGUAGCUUCACUCCACUUCUCUCUGUCCCCUCUAGACUCCGGCGGCCCAGCAGAUUCUGUCCUUCCCAGACAAGGUGAAGGAGAAGCAGCCAGCCGACCUGCAGAACUUUGGCCUGAGGACAGACAUGUACAGCAAGAAGACUGGGCCUCCUAAGAGUAAGACUGCUGCCAAUGCCAUGCGAGACUGGACCGAACAGGAGACACUACUGCUGCUAGAGGGUCUGGAGAUGUACAAGGAUGACUGGAACAAGGUGUCAGAGCACGUGGGCUCACGUACCCAGGACGAGUGUAUCCUGCACUUCCUGCGUCUGCCCAUUGAGGACCCAUACCUGGAGGACAUGUCCUCGUCCCUGGGCCCCCUGGCCUACCAGCCCGUCCCCUUCAGCCAGGCAGGCAACCCCGUCAUGAGCACCGUGGCCUUCCUGGCCUCCGUGGUGGACCCCCGCGUGGCCUCCGCAGCCGCCAAGUCUGCCCUGGAGGAGUUUUCGCGUAUGAAGGAGGAGGUCCCAGCAGCACUGGUGGAGGCCCAUGUGAGGAGGGUGGAAGAGGCGGCGCGGACCAGUGGCAGACAGGACCCCCUCUACGGCCUGGAGGGCAGCGGCAUCGCAGGCACCAGCCUGGAGGAGGGAGAAAAACCUGAAGAGAGCAGUGAGGAGAGUAAAAGUGACAGCCAAUCCAGUGAGGAGAAGAGGGAGACCAAGGAGAACAAAGAGGGAGCCAUGGAAGAGGGGGAGAAGAAAGGAGAAAAUGGGAAGAAGGAGGAGGAGAGAGGGAGAGAGGGAGAAGGAGAGGGAGAGCAAGAAGCUGAGAAGACAGACUCGGAGAUGGGUGAUGGAGAGAAGGAGAAGGAAGGGAAGGAGGGCUUGGAGGAGGGCCAGAGAGAAGGAGAGAGUGAGGGAGAGAGGAAGGCUAAGGUGGAGCGGGAUGUGGGAGAGGGGAACCUGGCUACCGCUGCUGCCUCUGCCCUGGCUGCUGCUGCCGUCAAAGCCAAGCACCUGGCUGCGGUGGAGGAGAGGAAGAUCAAGUCUCUUGUGGCUCUGCUGGUGGAGACUCAGAUGAAGAAGCUGGAGAUCAAACUUAGACACUUUGAAGAGCUGGAGACCAUCAUGGACCGAGAGAGGGAGGCAUUGGAGUACCAGAGGCAGCAGCUGCUGGCAGACCGUCAGUCGUUCCACAUGGAGCAGCUGAAGUAUGCAGAGAUGAGGGCGCGUCAGCAGCACUUCCAACAGAUCCAGCACCAGCAGCAUAGCCAGACUGGAGGCCCACACCCCGCCCCGGCCCCCACGGGCCCCCCACCCCAGGGCCCCUCAGCCACCCAGUCCCAGCCAACCCUCAGUACCCCUGCACCACAGCCAGCUCCCAGCCCAGCACCCCUUACCACCUCCAUCCCUUCCUCUGCCCAGCCCACUGAGCCCCAGCCGCCCCCCAGUGGUCCUCACACCUCACCUCCCCGCCCGCCAGGCCAGCCCCCCACGACCCACUCCAGCACCACCCCAACACUCCACGAGCCUAGUGCCCCUCUACCUGAGGAUACACACCACUCCUCAGCCCCAGUUCCCCCUCCACAGUGAAAAGAAAGAGAGCGAGAGAUAGGAUCCUGGCAAACUGAAUGACAUUGACCACUUUGUACCUAUGAAUCCUGCCUGUUUCAUCUAAAAAUGAAGAAGUCAAACUGAAGGACAUAUAACAAACUUUGAUCAUGUUUAACAUUUUGAACGAUUUACAUGAGAAAGAAAAGCAAAACAAAAACAUUUCACUGAAGUCUACCUUACCUUACCAGA